CCCCCGUCUGCUUCCUCUGCUUCUGCGUGCCAUUUGCCGAGAUAGAUAGAAGAAAUAUAAUAAUAUAAUUGCAGAAUAGAACUUGAAAAACAAUAUAAAAAGAAAAGAAAGGAAAGGAAAGCUUAUUUAUUUACUUCUCUUCUUUAAAUUCAAUAUCAGCCCCAGUAGUCUCAUUAAUUACACUUACCACUUCUUACCAACCAGUUGCCAUCACCUCAUCGACAUCCAUCAUCAAUGCCAUCUACUCCCACAGAAAAAUCAACAGGGUUCCUGUACAGUUGAACUGCUAUGUUAUAUCUUCUUCAAAGACAUCGCCUGUCAAAACCAAGACGACCUGUUUUGUUGUGGGCUCUUCGGUAUUCCGCCUUUUACGCUAUUAUUCAAGCAUUUGCUAACUUCGAUGUUUGAAUAAUUUCCAUGGACGUAGUAGUAGCAUGAAUAUUACGUUUCCUUUUAAUUUAUUUUCCAGAAGAGCAAUGGGAUUGGCUUAACGUUUGUGCAUGCUCUCCUGGCUGUCUUCUUCAUCUCGAUUCUCUUCUCUGUUGCGCUUCUUUUUGAGGUUAAAGAUGGCUGACGGGAGGCGACAUUCAGUCGAUAUUCCCAUAACAAGAACCCUCAUAGCCCUCAGGAGAGUGAGGUCACUAAGGGAUCCAUCAACCAAUUCUAUGAGCAAAUUCUCUGCUUUGCUGGAAAAUGUCACCUGGGAAACAAAUUCCACCAAAGAAAUAUCUAUACAGUGUGACGAUGUUUCCAAACAAGGCCGCUUGAAUCACACUGGUCUUUCAGGAUGGAAAAAUUUAGGUCUUGAUGAACGCCCGGAGGAACAAGUUGAUAAUUUUGAUUCACAAUAUAAUAUGGGAAGGUCCGAGUUAAUUUUCCGUGAGAUUUCGGGUGGAGUGAAAAGUAUGGAUGCUCCUCUUGGGACCGAAAAUGUUGAAGGGGAUAAUUGUGAUAGAGAGGCUAGCGGAACUAAGUUGCUGAGUGAAGAAUAUUAUGGCAGUCGUAGGAACAAAGUGUUGGAUUUGGUAUGCACCACACCUUUGAGCAAUCAACUGGAGGACGGGGAUUCAACUAGUGGACCCAUUACAGGAUCUCCACUAGGAAUUGACCUCUCUGUUCCAAGACAAAAACCUCGAUCCAAAAAUCAAGUCAAGUCAUACAGUGGGGAGGGUGACGUUUUGAGUCGUGCAGGUAGUCCAUGCUUAUCUGUCAGUGAUGCUUUGUCCAGCCAUAGCACGUCAUUGUUUGCUAAUGACGAGGCUGAUUUCAUGGUUCAAAAUGACCGUGGAUGUGGGAUAAGCUGCUGCUGGACAAAAACCCCAAGACUCAGAGAUUCAAAUCCAUAUUCCGAUGCAGAAGGCAAUCCAUUAUUGUCCAGAGAUGUAGCUGAGACAACUCGUGGGAAGAGGAGCUGGAAGCACACUACAAAUGAAACUCCUAGGAGUUUGAGUCAGAAAUUUAGGCCAAAAUCUUUUGAUGAAUUGGUGGGACAAAAUGUAGUGGUAAGAUCUCUUUUGGGUGCCAUUUCUAAAGGAAGGAUAACCUCUUUAUAUCUCUUCCAUGGUCCUCGUGGCACAGGAAAGACAUCUGCCUCGAGGAUAUUUGCUGCUGCCAUGAAUUGUCUCUCACAUGAGUACAAACCAUGUGGGGUCUGCCGAGAAUGUGUUGCGUUCUUUUCUGGAAGGAGCCGGGAUGUGAAAGAAGUUGACUCCAUCAGAAUUAAUCAGGCCAAAGGGAUUAGAUCUCUUAUAAAGAAUGCAUCAAUGCCACCAAUUUCAUCACGUUUCAAAGUUUUCAUUGUUGACGAGUGUCAUUUGUUGCAUGGAGAGACAUGGCGAACUGUUUUGAAUAGCCUAGAGAACCUGUCGCAAAAUGUUGUCUUUGUGAUGAUCACUCCUGAACUUGAUAUGCUACCGAGAAGUGCAGUCUCUCGGUCUCAAAAAUAUCAUUUUCCAAAGAUAAAAGAUGCUGAUAUAGCGGGCAGAUUGAGGAAUAUCUGUGUUGAAGAAGAUCUUGACUUUGAUCAUGUUGCUUUAGACUUCAUUGCUGCUAAGUCAAGUGGUUCCCUUAGGGAUGCUGAAAUUAUGCUUGAUCAGUUGAGUUUGCUUGGUAAACGAAUUACAAUGUCCUUGGCCCAUGAGCUUAUUGGAGCGGUUUCUGAUGAUGAAUUGUUUGAUUUGCUGGAUCUGGCCCUGUCAUCUGACACGUCAAGCACUGUCAUAAGAGCCAGGGAAUUGAUGGGGUCCAGGAUUGAUCCUAUGCGACUUGUAUCCCAGCUGGCAAAUCUCAUAAUGGAUGGUCUUGCUGGAAAAUGCCAAGAUAAUAGUUCUGAAGUCAGAAGAAAGUUUUCAAGGAAGCAUGCUUCUGAAGGAGACAUGCAGAGACUGAGUCAUGCAUUGAGAAUACUAUCUGAAAGUGAGAAGCAACUGAGGAUGUCAAAAAACCAAAGUACAUGGCUUACAGUAGCUCUUCUGCAGUUGAGCUCACUGGAAGCCUCUCCCAUGGAUGUGAAUGAUUCAAAGUCUUCAAUGAGAAAUGGACAUGACCGAGAUGGAGACUUUUCGAGCACACCGUCCACCGGAGAGAGCUUGAAGCAUCUUGCUCUGCAUUCAUGUGAAGACAGGAAAUUGGAAAGAUUGCAAGUAGAAGGGGCUUGUAAAGUGACAUUGGAUUCCAUAUGGAAGAGAGCUAGUGAAUUAUGCAAAUCAAAUUCACUCGGGAAUUUUCUCAGGAAACAAGGGAAACUAUCUUCUCUUCAUUUUAAUAAAGGUCUGGCAGUAGCUGAAUUGGAAUUCCAUCAUCCAAACCAUGCAUCUAAGGCUGAAAAGUCAUGGAAGUUUAUUGCAAGUUCACUGCAAACAGUUCUGGGUUGUAACGUUGAAAUCCGGAUCAAUCUUGUAGUUUGCGCUCCUGUGUCAAAGUGUGCCAGACUAAGGAAGCUAUCUUUUAGUUUGUUUGGUUGUUCUCGGAUAACACGUCACAAGUCACAUCCACCCAUGGAAUGUGGAAGUGACUCCGGCUACUCUGAUCACGUCUCUGAAAAGCCUAUGAUAAGGGAGAAAGCUAUUUUAGCCUGUCCUUCUGAUUGUGGAUCCCAGAUACCACACAGCUGUUACCACAGAGUGGAAGUAGGGAGGACUUUAAGAAAUAGCGAAGGUAAUGUGCUGAGCGUAGGGCCAACCUCAUCUCACAGAUCACUACCUAGUGAUACAUCUAAAACACCCGGGUAUGGGUUUCCUUCUUCAAAGGCUGGAGAAAGUGACCGUGACCAUACAAUUUUCUCUGGUCAAGAGGCCAAGGAUCAGCCAAACUGCUUUCCUAAAAGUCUUAGGCUGCCAAAGAAGUCACGUUCUUCAGAGACUACUAAAGUGGUUCGUAUUUGUACUCAUCAAGAAAACAAGCUGGCAUUGUCUGUCCCUGGGAAGGAAUCUAUUGAAACAUGCACCAUUGCCAGUGAUUCAUAUUUAUUAAGUGGCAACAACUACAACUCCACAAUUGAGAAUGGGUUUGGGGGCUAGCUCAUCGGCAACAAGAAUCAUCUUUGGUUAGCUGGGUUCUUCCCUGUACCGCGCCAAGUAGUUCUGCUAUCUAGGGAAGAUGACGGUACUUCUGUUCACUGCAAGGAGCUUCAAGCAUGCUUUGUGCAUUGCACUUUUUGGUAUGCAUGCAUAUAUGUUACAGAAUGUCGUGCAUGUCAGUUCUCCCUGUGAAAUGAACGACUACACAUAUAUGCUCGAAGCUAUGGAUUCUGCAGUGACGUAUAUCAUAGUUCUUUCAAUUUUAAGUAGUUUCAGUGUGUCGUUAAUUCCA